AUGACCCGUCAACACAUCACCAGCGCCUGGACUGAGGUGCAAAGUGAGGUAGCACUUCCUGACGUGGCCGAGGAACAGUGUGAGAAGGUGCUGGCGAUUCACGUGGUAGAUGCCCUGGAGAAACUCAGUGAAGCGGAAUUCGCAAACAUCAAGGAGUCCCUCCGGCUGCAGCUGCUUCAACCUCCGUUGUCGCUGGGCGAGGAGACGGAGCAUUUCUGGGCGCCCAUCCUGUUGGGUCGGUGUUUCAACACCAGCGCAGAGAUGUUGACCUAUCUCAAACAAGCUGAGAAGAGCGAUGUCCUGGCUGCGUGGAAAAGCGUGGUGAUGCCUGAGAAGGUCCGGGAGAAGGUGGCCGUCAAGCUCUUCGCUGCCGGACAUGAUCCGGCGACGCGGGAGGAGACAAAGGUGGAGCUGCCUCAAGGCUUAAAGGAGCAACUGCAAGCUGAGCGCAAAGUCACCGUGACGCUGCAAGGUCUGGCCAGCGCCCAGAAGCGGCGAAAGUUGAUCGAGGAUGGCGCAAGUUUCUACCCACAGACGCUCAAGUGCAGCCUGGCCGAAGGCGACGCUCCUGAGGCUGUCGAGGACGUCUUACCGAGCUUGGGCCUGAUACGGAGAGAGCCGCGGUGA